AUGGAAAUCAGUACCAGGGAGACCAUCAGAUAUCUUGGUGUUGUUUUCGACCGAGGGACUAGAAUGUAUUACAUGUACUAUGUACAUGUCGAAUAUGUUACUAGAAAGGCGAAGAAGACCGUCACAUCACUGUGUUGGUUAAUGUCGAACAAAAGAGUACCUUCAUCGAGCAAACACAGACUACUUGCAAAUGUUGCAAUUUCCACGUUGCUCUACGCUGCACUGGUGCGGGGUGGAGCUAUGCGCUAUCGCAAAUAUAGGGACAUGUGCCAACAUGUAUUGAGAAGAAUGGCUAUCAGGGUGUGCUGUGCUUUCCAUACUGUAUCUACUGAGGCUGUACUGGUUAUUGCAGGAAUAGCUCCAAUCGAACUACAGGUGGAAGAAGGGGCCAUGGGAAUAGGAGCAGACAAAAGACGCUGA